CAAUAAUAAUCAAAAUCUCCACAUACAAUAUCCCCAAAAGUUAUAUAUAAAUUUUUUAAAGAAAGAGUGAUAGAAAAACCUUUAACAUGGAGGCUACCGGGAGCGGCAGAGCCAGGGACCGCGGCGGAAGUUCAUCAAUGGAGAUAGAGCGUCGUUCGCUGAGAGCAAUUACGACCUCCUUCUUCGUCGAAGUUCUAACCGGACCUUGGUUCAUGGUAUUCGCUUCAUUCCUAGUCAUGUCCACCGCUGGAACGCCGUACAUGUUCGGCCUUUACUCCGGCGCCAUAAAAUCCGUCCUUGGCUACGACCAGAGCACUCUCAAUCUAAUUAGCUUCUUCAAAGACCUAGGCACAAACGUGGGAAUAAUUGCCGGACUAAUCGCGGAAAUCAUGCCACCGUGGGUGGUUCUGGCGAUCGGAGCAGGGAUGAAUUUCGUGGGAUACUUCAUGAUUUGGCUAUCGGUGACGGAAAAAGUGGCGGCGCCGCCGGUGUGGCUGAUGUGUCUUUACAUUUGCAUAGGGGCGAAUUCGACGUCGUUUGCGAAUACAGGGGCGUUGGUGACUUGUGUGAAGAAUUAUCCGGCGAGAAGAGGAGCGGUUUUGGGGAUUUUGAAAGGAUAUGUAGGAUUAAGCGGUGCAAUUAUGACGCAGUUUUAUCAUGCGAUUUAUGGAGAUGAUUCGAAAUCGUUGAUUCUUCUUCUUGCUUGGCUUCCGGCGGUGAUUUUGGUGGUGUUCUUGAGGACGAUUCGGAUUAUGAAGGUUCAACAUCGGCCUAAUGAACUCACAGUCUUUUACAGAUUCUUGUACGUUUCUCUUGGUCUAGCCGGAUUUCUCAUGGUGAUGAUCGUUCUUCAACAAAAAUUCAAAUUCUCCCGCAUCGAGUACAGUUCCAGCGCCGCCGUCGUCGUCUUUCUCCUCUUUUUGCCCAUCUUCAUCGUCAUCGCCGAAGACUACAAAUUCUGGCGCGUAAAACUAUCUCAACUCCUAAAUCCUUCUCCACUCACAAUCAUCACCCAAAAACCAACACCGCCGCCGCCGCCGCAAAACCUCGAAACCUCCGGCAUAUCCCCCGCCGGGAAGCCAACGUCAUCAACGCCGUCCUGCUGGACAACCGCCCUGAAGCCCCCUCCAAGAGGCGAAGAUUACACGAUUCUACAAGCGCUCUUCAGCGCCGACAUGUUCCUCCUUUUCCUCUCCACCGCGUGCGGCGUCGGCGGCACUCUCACCGCCAUCGACAACCUCGGCCAAAUCGGCGCUUCUCUACAGUAUCCUAAACGGAGCAUUAGCACGUUUGUAUCAUUAGUAAGUAUUUGGAAUUACCUAGGGCGCGUAGUUUCGGGUUUCACCUCCGAAAUUUUCCUCACCAAAUACAAAUUCCCUCGAACCCUAAUUCUAACCUUAAUUCUCCUCCUCUCCUGCGUCGGCCAUAUCCUAAUCGCCUUCAAUCCUCCUGGCGGCCUCUACUUCGCUUCAAUCGUAAUCGGAUUCUGCUACGGCGCUCAAUGGCCGAUUCUAUUCGCCAUAAUUUCAGAGAUCUUCGGCCUCAAAUACUAUUCCACGCUUUACAAUUUCGGAUCCGUUGCGAGCCCAAUCGGGUUGUAUUUUGUCAAUGUUCGAGUCGCUGGACAUUUGUACGAUGAGGAGGCGAAGCGGCAGUUGGCGGCGUCCGGGAUGAAAAGGAUACCCGGAAAAGAAUUGAACUGCGUUGGUGUGAAUUGCUUUAAAAUGUCGUUCAUUAUAAUCACCGGAGUUACGUUGCUUGGUGCUCUGUUCUCGUUUGUUUUGGUUCUUAGAACUAGAGCGUUUUACAAGACUGAUAUUUAUAGGAAGUUUAGGGAGGAGGUUGAAGAAGAUGAAGCUGGUGGAAAUGACGUCGUUUCGAGUAAUAAGUAAAUUAAAGGUGGCUUAUUGUUGGACAUUUUGAAUUGGAUCCAUCUUUGUGAAUUCGACUCCGAUCACUAGAUAUAUAGUUUCUAAAGUAUUUUUUUAAAAGAAAAUUAAUAGUUAAACGAUGGAGUGAACUUUGCUCGAUGCAUCUACGCAGCAAAGUAUUUUGCUCAUUUUUUUGUUAUAUUACUUUAAUUAAGUUGUAGUUAUUGUUGUUUAUCAUUUCAUCUUGUGUAAUGGAACUCUUUUUUACACUAUGAAAGUAGCUAAUCUAUCUACGUUUGUUUUAAUUGAAA